CAGAAGAAGGGACCAAUGGAGACCAUUAAGUCCAAACUUAGCCCCUCACUUUCCUGUUCACGACCCAAAAUUAAGAACCUAAUAACAGACUUCUUUCCCGUUCUGCGCUGGCUGCCAAAGUACAAGAUAAAGGAAUAUGUGUGGGGUGACUUGAUGUCAGGGCUCAUAGUGGGCAUCAUUUUGGUGCCUCAAGCCAUUGCUUACUGCCUGCUGGCAGGCGUGGAACCAAUUUACGGUUUAUACACGUCCUUUUUCGCAAACAUUAUCUACUUCUUCUUGGGCACAUCCAAGCACGUAUCAGUAGGAAUCUUCAGCCUCAUGAGUUUAAUGGUUGGACAGGUUGUGUACAGAGAGGUCUACCUGGCGGGGUUUGAUCUGAGUGAGGACAGUAAGAAAACGACGCUAGACGGCGGAUGGAACGGCACUGAAGAUUACCAGGAUACUGAACUUAAUCUGACCAUAAAAACAUUGAACAUGGAGUGUGGAAAGGAAUGCUAUGCUAUCAGUAUUGCAACAGCCUUAACAUUUCUUGCUGGAGUUUACCAGGUUUUGAUGGCCGUGUUCAGGCUUGGCUUUGUGUCAGUUUAUCUCUCUGCACCAAUGCUAGAUGGUUUUGCCACUGGCGCCUCUUGCACCAUUUUAACAGUCCAGGUGAAGUAUCUAGUAGGCUUGAAAAUCCCUCGCCACCAGGGCUACGGAACAACUGUGGUGACUUGGAUCAACAUUUUCAAGAACAUACACAAGACCAACUUCUGUGAUUUGAUCACCAGUGCUAUUUGUAUCGCUGUAUUGGUGGCAGGGAAGGAGCUUCAGGAUCGCUACAAGGACCGCCUGAAGGUGCCGCUCCCCACAGAACUGGUAGUAGUGGCGGUAGCUACCGUAGUGUCUCACUUUGUUGAUCUUAAUGGCCAGUACAACUCGAGUAUCUCGGGUGCCAUUCCAACUGGUUUUAUUCCUCCAAAGGUGCCUGAUUUUGAUCUGAUGUUGCGGUUAGCGAUUGACGCCAUUCCUCUGGCUGUGAUCAGCUUUGCUUUUACUGUCUCCUUGUCGGAGAUAUUUGCUAAAAAGAAUGGCUAUACGGUCAGACCAAAUCAGGAGAUGCUAGCAAUUGGUUUUUGUAACAUCAUUCCAUCUUUUUUCCACUGCUUUACAACGAGUGCUGCUCUUGCCAAGACGAUGGUGAAAGACUCUACAGGUUGUAAGACACAAGUUUCUAGUGUAGUGAGCGCCAUAGUGGUGCUUUUAGUCCUUUUGUUUUUAGCCCCGUUUUUCUAUGCCUUGCAGAAAUGUGUCCUCGCGUGCAUCAUUAUUGUCAGUUUAAGAGGCGCCCUGAGAAAAUUCAAAGACUUCCCCAGGAUUUGGCAGCUCAACAAGAUUGAUGCUGUUGUCUGGAUGGUCACCAUGUGUUCCACUGCUUUGAUCAGCGUGGAGAUCGGGCUCAUAAUUGGUGUAGUUUUCUCAAUAAUAUGUGUUGUGGCACAAACCCAGUAUCCUAAGGUUUCACUACUCGGCCAAAUUGAGAAUACUAAUUACUAUGAAGACAUGGACAACUAUAAUGACCUUUUGGUUAUUCCAAAAGUAAAAAUAUUCCGCUUCCAGGCUCCACUCUACUAUGCCAACAAGGACUUUUUCUUAAAGUCACUUUACAAGGCGGUUGAACUUGAACCGUUCAUUGAAAAAACCCGGAGAAGAAAACUAGAGAAAAAAUCUAAAAACAAAAGGCGGACAGAUACAGAAAAUGGCGAUGUUAACACAGGUCUAAUUGCUAAUGAGCUGGAAUUUCAUACUAUCAUCCUUGACUGUUCGUGCAUACCCUUUAUUGACACCACAGGAAUAAACACCUUAAAAGUAUUGAUGAAAGACUACAAAGACAUUGGUGUGAAUGUAAUUCUAGCCUGCUGCAACCCAACAGUCAUUGAUUCUCUAAGAAAAAGUACUUUCUUUGGUCCUGCUGAUAAAGAUAUACAUGCGCUAGCAUUCCACACAGUUCACAGUGCAGUUUCUAUUGCUACAUCUAAUAAUGAGGCAUCAGUUAACACCUCAUCUGUGUAAAUUGACCACAGACUGAUUGAAUAAUCACAGUCAGUACAACACGUGCACACUACCAAACUAAUUCUAGUAUUAUGUUUUGAAAAACUGAACAUCAAUUUUUAUUUUAUAACUGACAAUUUUUAAAUCAGUGAGUCAUUUUUUUUACUAAAUGAUAAUAAAAAGAUAUGGGUAUUGUUACUGUAUGAAG